AUGAGUUUCGACAAGCUUGAUCAGGGUGACAAGGUUUUCAAGACAGUCGAAGAUUUUGUCAACACUUAUGUGGAAGAUACAUCCAAACGUCGUCCUAUCAGAAAGCUGUUGGUCGCGACCAAUGGAAUCGCUGCUGUUCGUUGCAUUCUUUCCAUAAGAAAGCUGCUCAUGCAACUGUUCCGUAAUGAUCGCAUUAUUAAAUUUAUAUGUUUCACGACAGAACAAGAAAUUCGGUCUAAUGCAGUAAAGACUACGGUGCUGCACAGUAUAGUAGAUGUCUUGGAUGAAAGGAACCUCGAAGUGAAGUGA